AUUCCCUUGAACACAUAUAACUAGAAAACUAUUCUCUCCGAUCUCAGGAUUAAUAUAAAAUGAUGUCUCUGCAAGGUCUGAUCCUGGUUUUGAUCUGUAUCUGUCGUAUCUCAGGCUUCUCUUCCAUCUGGUCCUUGUCCAACGCUAUGCUUGCCAGCAGUCAGGUCAAUGAGGCAGAUCUAGCCCUUUCCCGUAGUGUAACCGCCGGGGCGGAGCUUGCCAUGGCGGAGUGCACUGAUCAGUUUAAGAAUAAUGUCUGGAACUGUCCCAUAUCCGCCUUUGACCGGAAAGAAUCCGCCGAGAAUAAUCGCGAAACUGCGUUUGUCAACGCGAUUAUGAGCGCUGCUGUGACACAUACAAUUUCAAGAAAUUGCUCAGAGGGCGGACUAACCCAUUGUGGUUGCGAGAGGAACGGUGUGGUUAGCGGCGAAUCCUGGGAAUGGGGCGGCUGCUCCGACAAUGUAGUGUUUGGUUCUCUUGUAUCUAAACAGUUCCUUGACAAGUUGUCCAACGAACCUAAGACCCUGGCUAACAUUCAUAACAACGAGGCUGGUCGUGUAGCUGUUAAGAAGACGAUGCGUCAGCUGUGUAAAUGUCAUGGUGUCUCCGGGUCCUGUGCUACACAGACCUGCUGGAGACAAAUUGGAAACUUUAAAGAGGUGGGAACCUUUCUCAAGAAACAAUACAACAAGGCCAUGAAGGUUGAUUACAGCAACGGUGUCCUUCUUAAACUCCAGAACUCUAAGAUCCAAUCCAACCGAGUAGAGAGGAACAGGAGAACUUCAGAGGCAGAGAAGGAAUUAAACAUUAAGAAGAGAAAACUUGUAUUUCUCAAACCUUCUCCCAACUACUGCAGGAUGAACCCUGAGCAAGGAUACAAGGGUGUAAUCGGAAGAUCAUGUAUUGCUGAUCCUAACUCUAGUAAUCCAACCAAGGAUAUUCGAACCUGCUCCCAGCUGUGUCAUGCUUGUGGAUUAUAUGUUAAAAAACAAGUUGUAGACGUGACAACCUCCUGUAACUGUAAGUUUGAAUGGUGCUGCAAGAUCUCUUGUCAAACCUGUCAUAAAAAGCAGAUUAUUAUUACUUGUGUUGAAACACCACAGUAUGAUUACUCUUAUAUUGUUAGUAAUAGUACCUAAACCUAAACUUCAAGAUCUCCCUUACUUAAAGCAUUGUAUU